AAUAAAUAUUAUAAAUAUUUAAUAUGUCUUUAAUCUUUAUCGCAUUGUCGCAUACUCGCAUUCGGACGCAUUUCUCACUCUCUCUACUAUCACUGACUCACUCACCGACCGAACAAAGAGCAGCGGCCAAUGGAUAAUAAUGGAGAGAAUUAUUAUUUAUCAUAUUUGUAAUUAUUUUUUAUUACUACUGCGUACACCGCGACGCCGCCGAAGCCGUAUCGCACACACGGUCACGCAUAGCAGUGGUGGUCAGUGGUCACGUACGAGUGUACGACGUAUCACGUCGACGUCUGUUGUCAGUGGUCACGUACGACGUACUCACGUCGACGUCCGUGUGUACUAACAACUCCCUUGCUGUAUACGCGUUAAGCGCACCGUCGCCAUCGCCGAGGACUUCUCGUCGUUGUUUGACACCGACAACGCUUCCGCCAUAUAGCAUAUGCCACCCACCACCCGUUACUCAGACAAGCAAAAGCGACGACGAGUCAUCAGCAAGACCACACACCCGACGCAGCAAUGGACGACAUUAAGGUCGAGGUGCUCUUUGAGAACGGCGCCUAUUACGAGGGCUUUGUUACGGGUGUAAUGGAAAAAGAAGUUCUAGUUUCUUUCCCUAAUAAUUGGUAUCCUGAAACUCAAUUCAACCAUGAAAAUGUUCGACUCCCCUUGUCAGAUGACCAAUGUAGUACAGAGUUUAUUGUUAAUCAAGAAAUAGAAGUAAAAUUGGUCAGAGAACCUCAUUAUGGAUGGAUAAAGGCAGUGAUAAAAAUUAUCAGUGGUAACCCGCCAUCCCAGUUCGUUGUCCAAUAUUUCAACUCAACAGUUGUAGAAAUAGUCUCUCCCGAUAAAAUAAGAUGCAGUAACAUAAAUUCCCACAUUAAUGGAAAUACAUUUUACAUGUUUGAUAUUGAUGUACCUGAGGAUGUCAGAGAAACUGCUAAAACCAAUGGAAUACACAAAGAUUUUCAGAAAGCAAUUGCCGCAUCUCGAGUGUUCUAUAAUCCUGAUAGAUCCGUGUUGAGUGUUAUAUCUCGUUCACCAUUGACCAGUAAAAGAGCAUCGAUGUUAGCCGACAUGCACUUUAGAAACCUGAACCAAAAUGUUACGGUGCUUAUGAAAACUGGAAAAUUAGCCAAGCAACUGAAAAAUUCCAAGCAACAGUUUAAAUCAUCAUCUUAUACUGAUGAAUUUAAUGUAUGUAAUAAUCUCAUUGGUUUGGCUAUUGGUACUCGUGGCACUAAUAUCAAACGAGCUCGCAGGAUUGACGGUAUUACAAAUAUUGAAUUAGAUAAAAACACUGGUGUUUUUAAAAUUUAUGGAGAAAAUAAAGACGCUGUAAUGAAAGCUCGAGGAAUUUUAGAGUAUAAAAAAGAAUUUCUACAAGUUCCUAGACAUUUCAUGGGAAAAGUAAUUGGUAAAAAUAGUAGAAACAUCCAAGAUAUUGUUGACAAGAGCAGAGUGAUUGAAGUAAAAAUUGUAGGUGAUGAUGAGACACAACCCACCAUUCCUCGCGAAGAGGGUCAAGUUCCUUUUAUGUUUGUUGGCACGGUAGAAAGGAUAUCUAAUGCUAAAUUUUUGCUAGAAUAUCAUUUAGAACGCCUUAAAAAACUUGAACCAUUCAGUCAAGAAAUAAUUGGAAUGAAGCAAGAAUUAUGUAGUAACUCACCAUCCCAGUCUGUUGCCAAGUACUUCCACUCAACAGUUACAGAAAUAGUCUCGCCUGAUGAAAUCAAACGCAGUGACAGUAAUGGCGAUACAAAUUAUACAUUUGACAUUCCUGUACCUGAAGAUGUUAGAGAAUUUGCUAAAACCAAUGGAAUACACAAAGAUUUUCAGAAAGCAAUUGCCGCAUCUCGAGUGUUCUAUAAUCCUGAUAGAUCCGUGUUGAGUGUUAUAUCUCGUUCACCAUUGACCAGUGAAAGAGCAUUGAUGUUAGCCGACAUGCACUUUAGAAACCUGAACCAAAAUGUUAUGGUGCUUAUGAAAACUGGAAAAUUAGCAAAGCAACUGAAAAAUUCCAAACUACAGUUUACAUCAUCACCUUAUACUGAUGAAUUUAAUGUAUGUAAUAAUCUCAUUGGUUUGGCUAUUGGUACUCGUGGCACAAAUAUCGAACAAGCUCGCAGGAUUGACGGUAUUACAAAUAUUGAAUUAGAUAAAAACACUGGUGUUUUUAAAAUUUAUGGAGAAAAUAAAGACGCUGUAAUGAAAGCUCGAGGAAUUUUAGAGUAUAAAGAAGAAUUUCUUCAAGUUCCAAGACAUUUCAUGGGAAAAGUAAUUGGUAAAAAUAUUAGUGACAUCAAAGAUAAUAUCAUUGAGAACAGCGGAGUGAUUAAAAUAAAAAUUGUAGGUGAUGAUGAGACACAGUCUACCAUUCCUCACGAAGACGGUCAAGUUCUUUUUAUGGUUGUGGGCACGGUAGAAAGCAUAUCUAAUGCUAAAGUUCUACUAGAAUAUCAUUUAGAACACCUUAAAGAACGUGAACAAAUUAGGAAAGAAAUAAUUAGAAUUAAGCAAGUGUUAUGUAGUAAUCCACUAUCCCAGUCGGUUGCCAAGUGUUUCAACUCAACAGCUACAGAAAUAUUUUUGUCUGAUGAAAUCAAAUGUAGUGACAUUAAUGGCGAUACAUUUUAUACCUUGGAUAUUCCUGUACCUGAAAAUGUCAGAGAAUUUGCUACAAUCGAUGGUAUCCACAAUGAUCUGCAAAAAGCAAUUGGAGCGUUACGAGUGUUCUAUAAUCCUGAUCAUUCAGUGUUGAGUGUUAUAUCUUGUUCACCAUUGACCAGUGAAAAGGCAUUGAUGUUAGCCGAUAUGCACUUUAGAAACCUUAACAAAAAGGUUAUGUUACUUAAGAAAACUGAAGAGUUAGCCAAGCAACUAGAAAGCUCUAAGCUAAAUAUUACAUCAUCACUUUAUACUGAUGAAUUUUAUGUACUUAAUGAACUUAUGGGUUUGGCUAUUGGAACUCGUGGCACUAAUAUCGAACGAGCUCGGGGGAUUGACGGUAUUAAAAAUAUUGAAUUAAAUAAUCAUACUGGCGUUUUUAAAAUUUAUGGAGAUAAUCAUUACGCUUUAAGGAAAGCUCGAAGAAUUUUAGAAUAUAGAAAAGAAUUUCUUCAAGUUCCUAGAGAUUUCAUUGGAGAAGUAAUUGGUAAAAAUGGUAGUAACAUCAAAGAUAUCAUUGAGAACAGCGAAGUGCACAGAAUAGAAAUUGAUCGUGAUAAUGAACUACAACCUACCAUUCCUUGUGAAGAGGGUCAUGUUUGUUUUGUGAUUGUUGGCACGGUCAAAAGCAUUUCUAAGGCUAAAGCUCUAAUAGAAAAUUAUUACGAACACCUUAAAGAACCUGAACAAAUAAGAAUGGAAGAACAAAUGGGAAUAGUGAAAGAAUGGUUACAUAGUAUUCAUAGUACUGUACCAGCUUACCAAGAUACUGUGAUACCUAAUUAUACGAUGCAAAGGCAAAUUGACCGUAACUUUAAUGCUGACAGCGAAAACAUGAAUAGAGACCUGAGUAACUCUAUGGGAAGAGAAAGUAGCAGACCUAGAGAUACCUCAGGCCUUGAUCGAGGUACAAAACAUGUUUCUUAUACAAAAGAAUCCAGCACUUCUAAAUUUGUUGACACUCACAAAGAUGUAAAUUGGGUCCAACCAAACCAGUCAUCGCGAUCAAUUAUACCACCUUCAGAUAAAGAUAAUACAUGUGACCAGAGUAAUUGGUGUACAAUUUCUUGAAAAGAAAAUUACAAAAUAAAUUGUUUAAGUUUUAAAUAGUUUAAUAUAAUGUUUUAAUUUUUUAAACUACUAUAUUAUAUUUAAUUUUAAAAAUAUCUAAUAUCUUAAUAUGCUAUUAACUGUUUGUAACUUGGGCAAAUUUAAUAAAUAUACAUUGUACAUUAUAUUCAAUAAUGUUAAUA